AUGAUCCAGAAACAAAGAACAAGGGUUUUGUCCUCCUCAUCAAAGGAGAACAGCAACCCUCCUCCCCAGUUGUCCACACCAACAGAAGCCUUGGUGACAGGAGGAUCCAAUAUACCAGCCAUACCCACCACAUCAGCUUCCAACAGCAACAAGUCUGAUACCAUUAUCAACACCUCUUCUACCGUCGCCGCUGCAACCACCACCACCACCACUACCACUACCACCACAUUGGAUCUCACUUCCACACAGAAAGUACUUUCUUCUCCCUCCUCUACCACUGGUGUACUUUCCUCUCCUGCACACCCCUCAUCACAGCCUUUACCGGCUACAACUGUCCCUUCCAAUCAACCAGCAGCAGUGUCCCCAUCUUCUUUGUCUGCAUCUUCAGCACAAAAGGCUGAUGGCUCCUCACCUGUACCUAGUACUACCCAACACUCCAAUACACCCACUCCCAUAUCACUUUCUUCAUCCGGCCAACUACCAAAGAUACCUUCUGCUGCCAUUGGUCCUAUGAUGAAAUUAACAGAUGAUACGCCACCCACAGAUAAUCAACUCUUGGGUAUAACUCGCCUCCAGGCAACACCAACUGAUGCUAAUAGCACCACCAAUGACGGUAACAGCACAGCAGUGCCUCCUGCAGCAACCAACCAAAAAAUGCCUUCUUCCACUUCAACGGGAACUACUUCUUCAGCAGGUGCUACACAAACCUCCUCUGGGGCCACCGCAGACAAACCUGUGGGUGAGAGCCCGUUGCAGAAAACUGGCGGGUCUCCUAUAGGAUUGGUAUUACGUUUAAGGAAUGAAAAAAGGGUAUUAAAUGAUAUAAAGUUUGAUUUUACACCUGGACAAGAUACCUCCGAUAGUGUCUCUCGAGAACUUGUGGAAGCUGGUCUUGUAGAUGGAAGGGAUUUGAUAGUUGUUGCAGCUAAUUUACAGAAGGUAUUGGACAAUCCAGUUGAAAAUAAGAACAUUACUUUUGCUUUGAAUUCUGGAUUUGGACCGAAUGAAGCUCCUGAUGACAAAACUUUGAUUGGCUUUGCUCAGCUGACAAUAAAUGAAAGUACCAACACCAAUCUCUAA